GUGAACAUUAAUUUUACUCACUUUGUAUAAAAUAUUGUGUCAAUCAGGUAUGGUAGUAUUCAACAACACAGCUUACAACUCAUGUUAAAAGGGGCAAAAUCUAGUGAUUGCUUCAAGAUUGCUCGUGAGGGAAUUCAGGCAUUAUGUGAAAAGUUGGACAUGGUGGACACUGGCAACGUGGACAUACCCGGCAUUAAUAGACCGAAGGCGAAUGAAAUUUUGUUGGAUCCAUUACAGGUCAAAGCUAAAGGUUUGGGGGCUAAAAAAUCUAAAAGGAAGAAAGGAGAACCACGACAGUGUAGCAAUUGCGGUGAAUGGCGCCACUAUAGGACCCGAUGCCCACAUCCUGUUGGCUAUGUGAAGCCAACCUCAAACGGUGAUGCCCCGAAUGAUGGUGUUUCGGAAGAAGGUGGCGGUGGCGAUGACACCGAUGUUGAUCCUCCCACCACUCAAGAUCAGUCGGAAACAGUACAGAAGAGAAGGCAAAAGCAUUGCAGUAAGUGCGGUUCUACCAAUCAUAAUGCAAGAACGUGUACUGGGUCUGGGGCAUCCGAUGAUGAAAAUGACGAUGAUGAAAAUGACAAUGACGACGAUUACGAGCAACCUAGGGUAAGAAUAAGAUAUAAUUGUUCGUGUCUACACAAUGCAGCUGCAUCCAAUAUUUGUGUACGUCUAAAAUCGUCGUUAUCGAUUUUGCAGAAGAGGCCUGUUACAAGAAGUAGCAACCUAAGGAUUGUUGAAAACUUGAAGUGAAGAUGGACGUCCUUAUCCUAUUCGGAUUAGGACUAAUGGACUAUGUGAAGACUGCCAGUAUCAGCUUGAAGCGGCGUCGUUUGAAUUAUAAGAAGACUGUUGCCGUCUGCGGUGUCGUUUUAAUUGUGUGUAGUUUUAUUUAUGUGUCAUUGUGUCUCUUUGGUUUAUAAGAAGACUACUGCCUUCUACGGUGUCAUUUUAUUUAGUUCGGAUGGAUUUGAUUGAAUUCGAUAUGGAUGUUGCUCCCUAAAUAAAUCAUGUACAACAUUUCAGUUAAAUUAUUUUUCUCACUCGUUUUUUUAUUGAAUUAUUAAAUCGGAUUUUUUACUUGUUUAUAAAGUUACUUAAUUUUGGCUACUAAAAUUAUGAAAUGUAAUUUGGGCGUGAAAUGACAAGAGCAUGCCCCGAUAGAGGACUUAUGAAAAUGGAGGCAGUAAUCAAGAAAUAAACUACAGUAUUUUUAUUGAUAUAUUAUUAAGAUCUCAAACACUAAAAGUACAAAUCUUGAAAAACAAAAAGCUGUACUUUCCCUCCUCCCACUUUUAUACUAUACAUAUGGCAACUUUCCCCUCUUGUAUAUAUUUUCGGAGCAUGAUCAACAAGUACGCGUCAAUGUAGCCCAGAAAAACCAUCAUAUGACGUAGGGUUCCACAACACCUAUUAUGGAAUCGUAACAACAUAUGAUGAUUCUUCCGGCUAUAUUCAGACGGCGACUUAUUGUCAUUGCUCCCCUCCCUGCCUCUAACAAAGACCCUGCAUGGAGAGCAAAGGAGAAACAAUACAACGAAGGAUUUAGUUUAACAGUCAUGAUCUAACAAUGACAUAAUGAAAGGAAAUGAGAUCUAAAAUAAUACGCAGUCUCAUCAUUACCACUGCACCCGAAAAUAAAGCAUGGGAUAGGAGGACGAAGAGGCGGAUGGGGUUGAUUUUCGGAGCAUGAUCAACAAGUACGCGUCAAUAUCGCACAAAAGAACCAUCAUAUGACGUAGGGUUCCACAACACCUAUUAUGGAAUCGUAACAACAUAUGAUGAUUCUUCCGGCUAUAUUCAGACGGCGACUUAUUGUCAUUGCUCUCCUCCCUGCCUCUAACAAAGACCCUGCAUGGAGAGCAAAGGAGAAACAAUACAACGAAGGAUUUAGUUUAACAGUGAUGAUCUAACAAUGACAUAAUGAAAGGAAAUGAGAUCUAAAAUAAUAAGCAGUCUCAUCAUUACCACUGCACCCGAUAAUAAAGCAUGGAAGAGGCGGAUGGGGUUGAUUUUCGGGGUUGAGAAGAUGGGAGAAAGGGGUCUUUUCAGGGAUUGAGUGAAGGAACGAACAACAGCAGGAGAUGAGUGCCUCUCGGGUUUCGGAGCAUGGUCUCUCCCUCUCUGAUUAAAGAAUUUAUAAAUGAGCUCAUAAAUUUACUUUGCCUUUCCAGCCCUUCCCAUUUACUGAAAAUCACACUCCCUACCGCUGCCUCGGCCUUGGUAACGUCAUCACUGGUUAGGGGCAAAUGCGACUUUCCGAAAACGGCGAUAUCUGAUUGGGUGACACGCCGCGGUUAGGAUUGAAGCUCUUUCACCAUCGGAUUAAAGGAAAAGUUUAGGAAUUGACGGCCGGAGAUGGGGAUGUGCUUUUAGACUGGCUUUGUAGAUUAACCAACUUUUUCGUUUACCAAAAUUAAUCUACUGAUUUGGUACAUGUAAUUGUAACCCUAAACCCUAAACCUGAACCCUGAACCCUAAACCCUGAACCCUAAACCCGAACCAAUCAAUACCAUAUACUCUACAACAAUAACACCUUAUAGGCCUA